UCCCCGCUUAUGGCCCCCCCACAUAUAUAAGGGAAGCUAAUAUAGUCAGGCAUCUUACUGUUAGUUUGCUAGAUGUGUUAGUUACUUGGGAAGAAGAUUGUAAGGUUUCGCACAGCAGGAUGAGGUUACUACUUUUAUUCCUCGUCACAAAGCUGGCUGCCGGACAGCUGGCUCUGACCAAUGACGUGGAGCUGGUGCCGGCCAUGGCCAACAUGCCGCAGAUCACCAGCCUCGACGUCCAGUGCGAGAAAUCCGGAAUGACGGUGAACGUGGCCUUCUCGCAGCCCUUCGACGGUGUCAUCUUCAGCAAGGGCCACUUCUCCAACCCCGCCUGUCGGUAUGUGGCGGCCAACUCGGGACGUUCCAGUUUCACACUAACCAUCCCAAGUGGUGAGUGUGGCACAGCUACGUCCGAUAUCACCAACAACGGUCCAAGCGGGAAGAGCCGUGAAUCCAGUACCCGCAUGACCAACACCAUCAUCGUACAGAAUGAUCCCACAGUGCAAGAAGUAUGGGAUGUCGCCCGCACAAUCAAGUGUGACUGGGUUGACAAUCUCGUUAAGACUGUGGCCUUCAAUCCCUUUGCUGUCGGAAUGUUAGAUGCUCAAGAGGUCCGCUUCAAAGGAGGUCAACCUAUUGAGUGCUGGAUGGACUUGAAGCAAGGACGUUGGCCAUUGACAUCCGACAUUGACUCCAUCGUUAAGAUCGGCGAGACACUUUCCCUGAUGGUGUAUGCACGUGACAACAAAGGCAUGUACGAUGUCAGCGUCAAGGACUGCUAUGCUUAUGGAGGCCCAAAUUAUGACGAUGUAAACACUCCUCGAAUCCAGCUGACAGACGAGCAAGGCUGUGUUCUAAAAGACAAACUAAUCAGCCCCUUCUACAGCACCCGGCAGCGAGACGAGAGGGGAGAAAUUAUUGUCACCUAUGCUUUUGUACAGGCUUUCAAGUUCCCUGAUGUUAUGGAUGUAUUCAUGUCGUGUAAUGUAGAAAUAUGCAAAGGAGAUUGUGACAGCAUUUGUGGUUCUCUUGUUAAAGGUCCAUCAUCCCCUGGUACUACCACUGAAGGUCCAUUUCGCACAGGCAGCACACUAUUUGGCGAACCUAUCACUACUCCAGGUCCUACCACUGUCCCCUCAUGCUUUCCUGGCUCUACUGAUCCAAGGUGCUAUUCACCACCACCCACUGUCCCUAGUAUUUCUGUUUGUGGGCCUGGUUCCACUGAUCCUGCUUGCCAGUUUACCUCCCCUGAACAGGAACUUUGUGGCUUUGGAAGCAAAGAUCCUAGAUGUGUCUUCCCAACAACAUCCUCUCCUAAUAGGGGUAAAGCAAUUAACUCUAGUCCUCCUCCUAAACAAACACUGACAACUGCUUUCAAACUACCCACACCUACAAUUCCACAAUUCCAAUGUGUCCAAGGUUCAACUGAUCCUCGAUGUGUACAACCCACUUCUCCUUCACCCCCACGGUGUUUUGCUGGUUCAACUGAUCCACGGUGCCCUAAACCAACUACCACUGCUCCUCCACUAUGCUUUGCUGGGUCUACUGAUCCUCGAUGCCCCAAACCUACUACCCCUGCACCACCACAGUGCUUUGUUGGUUCAACUGAUCCUCGAUGCCCCAAACCUACUACCCCUGCACCACCACAGUGCUUUGUUGGUUCAACUGAUCCUCGAUGCCCAAAGCCCACCACCCCUGCUCCUCCGCGAUGUUUUGCUGGUUCAACUGACCCCCGAUGCCCUAAGCCCACUACUCCUGCACCACCCAUAUGUUUUGCUGGUUCAACUGACCCUCGCUGCCCCAAACCCACAACACUAGCCCCUCCAAGAUGCUUUGCAGGUUCAACUGACCCUCGCUGCCCCAAACCCACAACACUAGCCCCUCCAAGAUGCUUUGCAGGUUCAACUGACCCUCGCUGCCCCAAACCCACAACACUAGCCCCUCCAAGAUGCUUUGCAGGUUCAACUGAUCCUAGGUGCCCAAAACCUACUACCCCAGAACCCCCACAAUGUUUUGUUGGUUCAACUGACCCUCGAUGCCCGCAACCCACAACUGUUGCCCCUCCUAGAUGCUUUGCUGGGUCAACAGACCCUCGAUGCCCCAAACUUACCAUUCCCCCAUCCCCACCAAGAUGUUUUGUUGGUUCAACUGACUCAAGGUGUCCUCAGCCCACUAGCCCUGCACCUCCAGUUUGCCUCCCAGGAUCAACUGACCCUAGAUGUCCUCAGGUGACAAGUCUAGCCUCCACUCCUCUCAUUUGUCUCCCAGGAUCAUCUGACCCAAGAUGUCCUAGGCCCUCAACAACACCAGCCCCACCCCGUUGUUUCCCAGGUUCUAAAAAUCCUGGAUGCCCUAAACCUUCAACUACGCCUGCCCCACCCAGCUGUUUCCCUGGUUCUCUGGAUCCAAGUUGCCCUAAGCCCACAACAAUUCCAGCUCCACCUCUCUGUUUCCCUGGUUCUGUUGACCUGAGAUGCCCUAAACCCACAACACCAGCUCCACCUCGCUGUUUCCCUGGUUCCAUUGCUCCAGGAUGUCCUAGGCCCACAACUACACCCUCCCCACCCCGUUGUUUCCCUGGAUCUGCUGACCCAAGAUGUCCUAAACCCUCUACUACCCCAGCUCCACCAAAGUGUCUCCCUGGUUCUAUUGAUCCAAGAUGCCCUAAAAUUACUACAACCAGACCACCACCUAGGUGUUUCCCUGGUUCCCGCGACCCUAGAUGUCCUAAACCCACAACAACUCCAGCUCCACCACAAUGUUUCCCUGGAUCUACAGAUCCAGGUUGUCCUAAACUCACCACUACCACCCCUGUCCCAUUCCGCUGUCUUCCAGGCUCUGCAGAUCCUAGAUGCCCACAGCUUACCACACCAGCUGCUUGUUUCCCUGGAAGCUUUGACCCUAGAUGUCAAAAGGGUACUACCCCAGCCAAACCAAUUUGCUUUGCUGGAUCACCAGACCCUCGUUGUUCCAAGAGUUUGCCCACUGCAGCAACACUUCCAACCCCAAAACCUACUCGGCGGCCAACGAUCCGGCCUACUACUUUCCGUCCUUCACUGAGGCCAACCUUCAGGCCUCGCCCAACCCCUACUCCACAACCCACAACUCUACAACCAGAACCCCCACGCAGGGAUUCUGUGCUCUUCCCUGCAACAAUCACUACUCCUCGACCUACCACCACUACCUCUUUCUCUAGAGUAAAAGCUCCCUCAGUCACUACUCCAAGGCCAAAACCUUCAGGUCCUGCUCUUAAGCCAACUACACCCUCUAGUCGAGGCAAACCCAACAGAGGUAAACAGUUGUCGUCAGCUCCUCAGCCUAAGCCAGAACCUACAGGAAAGGAAUGGGAAGGGGAGUCUCGUUUCCAUGCCUUCCACAGUUUCCACUUCCAAAAAGGUGAUGGAAGGCGGGGCAGAAGAUUUGGUGCUCGACUAUCCAGAGAUGCUGAUGAGGAAGUUCCUCUAUCUCGGAGCAUUCGAUCUCCUGGUGAACCACUUCCAGGAAAGCGACCACUUUUAGAAAAGGUUCCUGUUAGGUUGUCUCGAUCUUUAUCAGUUAUUUCUGCUACCGACUUCCCAGAACCCAGGAAAUCUUUUUUCAGGGUUCAGUCAGAGGAAGAAACAGCACAGGCAUUUAGCGAACCAGUAUAUUCUGAUCCUCUAGGCACAGUAUGCCUUCCUGUAGCCAUUUUCACAGCUUCCGUCCUCUCCCUUUUGUUUCUUCUCCUGCUGUCAUCUACAGUGGCUCUGGUGUUGUAUAUUCGGCAGCGAGACAGCCACAAAAAACAUAUGGCUGCCUGGCUAGGGCACUAG